AUGAAGAUAGUAUUCAACACCAGAGGCUGGGAGGAGAACGAUAGCAGCUUCCCGAGACAGCAGCUCCAGCAAAGCUGGGAGGAGGGGGAGGAGGAGGAGAACGAUAGCAGCUUCCCGAGACAGCAGCUCCAGCAAAGCUGGGAGGAGGAGGGGGAGGAGGAGGAGGAGGAGAACGAUAGCAGCUUCCCGAGACAGCAGCUCCAGCAAAGCUGGGAGGAGGAGGGGGAGGAGGAGGAGGAGGAGGAGAACGAUAGCAGCUUCCCGAGACAGCAGCUCCAGCAAAGCUGGGAGGAGGAGGAGGAGGAGGAGGAGGAGAACGAUAGCAGCUUCCCGAGACAGCAGCUCCAGCAAAGCUGGGAGGAGGAGGGGGAGGAGGAGGAGAACGAUAGCAGCUUCCCGAGACAGCAGCUCCAGCAAAGCUGGGAGGAGGAGGGGGAGGAGGAGGAGGAGAACGAUAGCAGCUUCCCGAGACAGCAGCUCCAGCAAAGCUGGGAGGAGAAGGAGGAGAAGGAGAACGAUAGCAGCUUCCCGAGACAGCAGCUCCAGCAAAGCUGGGAGGAGGAGGGGGAGGAGGAGGAGGAGGAGAACGAUAGCAGCUUCCCGAGACAGCAGCUCCAGCAAAGCUGGGAGGAGGAGGAGGAGGAGGAGGAGAACGAUAGCAGCUUCCCGAGACAGCAGCUCCAGCAAAGCUGGGAGGAGGAGGAGGAGGAGGAGAACGAUAGCAGCUUCCCGAGACAGCAGCUCCAGCAAAGCUGGGAGGAGGAGGGGGAGGAGGAGGAGGAGGAGAACGAUAGCAGCUUCCCGAGACAGCAGCUCCAGCAAAGCUGGGAGGAGAAGGAGGAGGAGGAGAACGAUAGCAGCUUCCCGAGACAGCAGCUCCAGCAAAGCUGGGAGGAGGAGGGGGAGGAGGAGGAGGAGGAGAACGAUAGCAGCUUCCCGACACAGCAGCUCCAGCAAAGCUGGGAGGAGGAGGGGGAGGAGGAGGAGGAGGAGAACGAUAGCAGCUUCCCGAGACAGCAGCUCCAGCAAAGCUGGGAGGAGGGGGAGGAGGAGGAGAACGAUAGCAGCUUCCCGAGACAGCAGCUCCAGCAAAGCUGGGAGGAGGAGGGGGAGGAGGAGGAGGAGGAGGAGGAGAACGAUAGCAGCUUCCCGAGACAGCAGCUCCAGCAAAGCUGGGAGGAGGAGGGGGAGGGGGAGGAGGAGGAGGAGAACGAUAGCAGCUUCCCGAGACAGCAGCUCCAGCAAAGCUGGGAGGAGAAGGAGGAGGAGGAGAACGAUAGCAGCUUCCCGAGACAGCAGCUCCACUGGGAGGAGGAGGGGGAGGAGGAGGAGGAGGAGAACGAUAGCAGCUUCCCGAGACAGCAGCUCCAGCAAAGCUGGGAGGAGGAGGAGGAGGAGGAGGAGGAGGAGAACGAUAGCAGCUUCCCGAGACAGCAGCUCCAGCAAAGCUGGGAGGAGGAGGGGGAGGAGGAGGAGGAGGAGGAGGAGAACGAUAGCAGCUUCCCGAGACAGCAGCUCCAGCAAAGCUGGGAGGAGUAG